AACUGAAACACCAUCAUUUGGCAACAGGUCGAAGAUAAUGAUCAUUUUGUGGAUGUUGUAGCCAUCAACACUCGUCUGCUGUUGGGAAGAUGAAUUGGACUGACUAAUUGUGUUGUUAACCUUUGGAUCUGCUGUCUGACACCGACAUCAGCACGUUGGGUCAUUAUUUCAUCCUCGCUCUGAUGAUUACGAAUAUGACAGAAAUACAGAAGUAGCUGUAACUUUACAUGGUUGCUGGCUGCUGUUGGAUCUGAUCGUCCUGCUGUGUGAUGACUGCUGCAGUCUGAGGGGGUCAACCUGUGGAUUUUGAGGACACACACCCAGUCACACAUAGGACACCAGAGGAGGAGAGGCCCACCGGAACAAUGGCGAAGUACCACUGGCAGAGUCAAAAUGUGAAGCAAAGCGGAGUGGACGACAUGGUCCUACUGUCCAAGAUCACUGAGGACGCCAUUGUCGAAAACCUGAAGAAAAGAUACAUGGACGACUACAUCUUUACAUACAUCGGCCCUGUAUUAAUAUCAGUUAACCCGUUCAAGCAGAUGCCAUAUUUCACUGACAGAGAGAUCGAACUUUACCAAGGAGCUGCCCAAUAUGAGAACCCACCUCAUAUCUACGCCUUGACUGAUAACAUGUACAGAAACAUGAUGAUUGAUGGAGAGAAUCAGUGUGUCAUCAUUAGCGGUGAGAGCGGUGCUGGAAAGACAGUGGCUGCCAAAUACAUCAUGGGUUACAUUUCCAAAGUAUCUGGAGGAGGAUCAAAGGUUCAGCAUGUAAAAGACAUCAUCCUACAGUCAAAUCCUCUCCUCGAAGCUUUCGGUAAUGCCAAGACCGUCCGCAACAACAACUCUAGUCGAUUUGGGAAAUACUUUGAGAUUCAGUUCAGCAGAGGAGGAGAGCCAGACGGUGGCAAAAUCUCAAACUUCCUGCUGGAGAAGUCGAGGGUGGUGAGCCAGAAUGAGAGCGAGAGGAACUUCCACAUUUAUUAUCAGCUCAUAGAGGGCGCCAAUGCUCAGCAGAAAGAGGGUCUGGGCAUCAUGACUCCAGACUACUACUACUACCUCAACCAGUCUGGGACCUACAAGGUGGAUGGGACCAAUGACAGCAAAGACUUCCAAGAAACUAUGGAAGCCAUGUCUGUUAUUGGGAUCCCAGGUGACAUCCAGACUCAGGUGCUGCAGAUUGUCGCAGGCAUCCUCCACUUAGGAAACAUUAGCUUCAUAGAAGCAGGCAACUAUGGGCAGGUGGAAAGCACAGACUUGCUUGCCUUCCCUGCCUAUCUGCUGGGCAUCGACCCCAACCGUCUGCAGGACAAGCUAACCAGCCGGAAGAUGGAAUCAAAGUGGGCAGGGAAGUCUGAGUCCAUUAAUGUGACCCUGAACCAGGAACAGGCCACCUACACACGAGACGCCCUGGCCAAAGCCCUAUAUGCGCGACUCUUUGACUACCUGGUGGAGGCCAUAAAUAAAGCUAUCCAAAAACCACAUGAAGAAUUCAGUAUCGGGGUACUUGACAUUUAUGGCUUUGAGAUAUUCCAGAGGAAUGGUUUUGAGCAGUUCUGUAUCAACUUUGUCAACGAGAAACUGCAGCAGAUCUUUAUUGAGCUGACUCUGAAGGCUGAGCAGGAAGAGUACGUUCAGGAGGGCAUCAAGUGGACUCCCAUCGAGUACUUCAACAACAAGAUUGUGUGCGACCUCAUUGAAAAUAAACUGAACCCUCCUGGUAUAAUGAGCGUGCUGGAUGAUGUGUGCGCCACCAUGCAUGCCAAAGGAGAGGGUGCAGAUGGCACUCUGCUGCAGAAACUGCAGGCCGCUGUGGGAACGCAUGAACAUUUCAACAGCUGGAACUCCGGCUUUGUCAUACAUCACUACGCCGGCAAGGUGUCUUAUGAUAUCAACGGCUUCUGUGAGAGAAACCGGGACGUGCUUUUCCCUGACCUAAUUGAGCUCAUGCAAAGCAGUGAAUAUAACUUCAUUCGUAGCUUGUUCCCUGAAAACCUGAACACGGAUAAGAAAGGCAGGCCAACCACAGCCAGCUCAAAGAUCAAGAGACAAGCUAAUGAUCUGGUGAACACGCUGAUGAAAUGCACUCCGCACUAUAUCCGCUGUAUCAAACCUAAUGAGACAAAAAGACCUAAAGACUGGGAGGAGAGCAGGGCUAGGCAUCAGGUUGAAUACCUGGGACUGCGGGAAAACAUCCGUGUAAGAAGGGCUGGAUUUGCAUACCGCAGAGUGUUCAAUAAGUUUCUGAUGAGGUAUGCCAUUCUCACAGCUGAGACAUGGCCAUGUUGGAGAGGUCCAGAGCAGCAGGGGGUCCUUCACCUCCUGCGAUCUGUCAACAUGGAUACCGACCAGUACCAGAUGGGACGCACCAAAGUCUUUGUCAAGAAUCCUGAAUCGCUUUUCCUACUCGAGGAGAUGAGAGAGAGAAAGUUUGACACUUUUGCCAGGAUCAUUCAGAAAUCCUGGAGAAGAUUCAUUGCCAAGAAGAAGUAUGAACAGAUGAGAGAGGAGGCCUCAGACAUCCUGUACAACUCGAAGGAGAGGAGGAAGAACAGCAUCAACAGAAACUUUGUCGGAGACUACCUCGGUCUGGAGCAGAGGCCUGAGCUACGACAGUUUCUGGCCAAGAGAGAGCGCGUUGACUUUGCAGAUUCUGUCAACAAGUUUGAUCGCAGGUUCAAGUCGAUCAAGAGAGAUUUGAUCUUGACCCCCAAGGGUAUCUAUCUGAUUGGUCGAGAGAAGGUGAAGAAAGGACCAGAGAAAGGACAGAUAAAGGAGGUGCUAAAACGAAAGCUGGAGUUUGGAAACAUCAGUGGUGUCUCUCUCAGUACGAGACAGGAUGAUUUCUUCAUCCUACAUGAGACCCAGUACGACAGUCUGCUGGAGUCCAACUUUAAGACAGAGUUCCUCAGCCUGCUCUCAAAGCGCUAUGAGGAUGUAACCAAGAGAAAACUGACAAUCUCCUUCACUGACAGGAUAGAGUUCAGAGUGAAGAAGGAGGGCUGGGGUGGUGGAGGCUCCAGGCUGGUUGUGUUUCAGAGGGGGCAAGGUGACCUGCCACAGCUGAAACCCGGAGGGAAGACCCUCACCAUCACAGUUGGGGAUGGUUUACCCAAGUCCUCCAAGCCAACCAGGAAGAGUGCUCCACAGUUUCGUGGUGGAAAUAAUGUUCCCAGCAGAGCACACCAGAAUGGAGCAGCCAAGUUUUCCAGAGCUCAUCCCCAACAACAAUCAAAUAUCACAUAUUCAUCCCCACAAAAACACGGGCGGCCACCCAGCACAGCUCCACCGAAACUGGGCUCCCAGAGAGCCUCCCGAGUUCCACCCCCUAACCAGUACAACCAGGGGAACAUGGACUUCCUCAACGUGCCUGACCAAGGAAUGUCAGGGAAGCAAAGGAAAAGGAGCAUCAGUCAGCGGCCUCCUCCUGCUCCUAAACCUCAGCCUCGACCCCAGGGGCCCCGCUGCCGCGCCAUAUAUCAGUACACCGGCCAGGACACGGACGAGAUCAGCUUUGACGUCAAUGACAUCAUCGACCUCGUCAAAGAAGAUCCAUCAGGCUGGUGGACGGGCAGGAUUCGAGGAAGGGAAGGUCUCUUCCCCGGUAACUAUGUGGAAAAGAUUUGAGCCAGACUUGAAAAAGACUUGGUCCUGGUGGACAUGGACUCUGUGUUUAUUGAGAAAUAUGUGUAUUUUGUUGAAAGCAGCACAAACUGUUUGCAAAAAGAAAUUGCCUGUUAAUUGUUCACAGUUGCAUGGUAGAUCUUCAUCAAUAAUGGAAACAGGACUGUUAAUGGUGGACCUCGCUGACAUUUGAGCCACCAGUAAGUUGUUUUGCAUGGUACUGUAUGAGCUACACACAGAAGACAUGGCUGUUAUGGUGAUCAUUGUUAAAAAACAGAUCCACAAAAGAGCAAAGAGCUGCUCCGGUUUUUAUCUCUGUUGUCCCAAACUGUCCUGUGCGGAGCGACAUAGCAACAAAAUCUUUGACUUUGAAAGCACCUUUCUUUGAGCUGUAACUUCAUUGAAAAUGACUCAAAAGCUAAAGUUACAGCCUGAAUGGAGAAGUGACCUGAAAAUAUUGCAUUGCUUUCUGGCGUUCACAGUGUUUCUAUUAGCCUGAAGCUUUUACUCCAGAUCAAAGUCUAAUACUGCUCAGUAUUCUUGAUUAAGGCAACAGCAUAAAAUCAAUGGUAGACAUUUAAAAAUGUAUUGAAUAUGCAAGUAUGAACUUGACUGUUACGUUUGCACUGUAACAAACCUGCUUCGAUGAAUCAAAGCCAUUGACAGAAACUUUUGAUCUUAACUAUUCAUGCGUUAUUAGUAAUAUCAUUGUUAGUAGUUUCUCAUGUAUUUUUUCACUUCAGUAAAAAACGAGAAUAUAUUUUCAUAUUUUUACCUCAAGGACUUUUGCACAGGUCUGUGUCAUCGGUAAGUUAUAAAAGAUUUCUGAAUAGUGAAACAAAAAAAAAGAGGUGACUUAUUCAUUUCACAUUUUUUGUUAAGUGUUUCAUUUUCUUUUCUUCGGUUUAGGGUUGAUUUUGUAAAAUAAUACGAUGCUCUCACAGUCAAUCAAUAUCUGUUUUUGUAUAUGAAUAAGAAGAUAAAAAUAAAAGGUUUUAACAUUU